UAAUUUCAAAUACGUAUAAAAUAGUUCAAUUAAAUAUAUAAUAAAAGAAGAAGUACAUAACCUCUAAUCCUGUCGAUAUGAUUAUUAAACGUAUUUCAGAAAAAAUACCUACAACAAUUGUUAUUGGUUCAUCAUUAAUUGGAGGUUUUGGAUUAGUUUGUUUAAUAAAGGAGUUUGUAGGGGGUCCUAGAUACCAAGGUGUGGAUACUUCUGAUGCAGAAAACAAAGUUAUCAUUAUAACUGGCGCUAAUACUGGAUUAGGGAAAGAAACUGCUUGGGAACUAGCAAGAAGGAAAGCGAAAGUAUAUAUGGCUUGUCGAGAUAUACAAAAAUGUGAAAUUGCUAGAAAAGAAAUCGUUUUGGAUACGAAAAAUAAAUAUGUUUAUUGUCGACAAUGCGAUUUAGCAUCGUUAGAUUCUGUGAGAAAAUUUGUAGAAACUUUUAAAUCGAAAGAGAAGAGACUUGAUGUUUUGAUCAACAACGCAGGUGUUAUGAGAACUCCUAAUUCAAAAACGAAAGAUGGGUUCGAGAUGCAACUUGGCGUUAACCAUAUGGGACACUUUUUGUUAACAAACUUAUUAUUAGAUAUGUUAAAAGAAUCAGCACCAAGUAGAAUAAUAAACGUUUCCAGCGUAGCUCAUAAAAGGGGGAAAAUCAAUAAAGACGAUUUGAAUAGUGAAAAAAAUUACAAUCCAUCUACCGCUUAUGCACAAAGCAAAUUAGCAAAUAUUCUAUUCACGAACGAAUUAGCAAAAAGAUUAGAUGGUACAGGUGUAACUGUGAAUAGUGUCCACCCUGGUAUAGUAGAUACAGAAAUAAUCAGACAUAUGAGUUUCUACAAUAGUUGGAUCUCGACUAUAUUUUUAAAACCUCUGAUAUGGCCUUUUAUUAAAAAUCCUCAACAAGGAGCUCAAACUAUUAUAUAUCUUGCGAUAGAUACGAGAGUGGAAAAAAUCAGUGGAAAAUAUUUUAGUAAUUAUGAAGAAGAAGAUGUCGGGGAUCAAGCGAAAGAUGAAAACACUUCAAAAUGGUUGUGGGCCACUAGUGAAAGAUGGACUAGGUUACAUCAGACUUCAAUUUACAAAUAAAAUAUCGUAUUUAUGUUAAAUAAAGUUAUUUAUUUAAUUA